AUGGCCAAGGUGCAAGAAUCCCAGGACGGGAUCACGCCUCGUCGACUUUAUCUAAGAAGGGCUAUGACAGACAUUUGCAGCGGCAAAGAAACGUAUCACCCUCAAGAAGCCUCGUUCAACAACUCGUACUCUCCUGACUUUAGCCUCUCGUGGCUCCUUCGUUUCUGCUUGUCUGGGUCUGAAGAAUCUGCUGACGAAAUGGAGAAGCCCCUGGCUCUCAACCCAGACGAGCGACGCGCCGUCAUCGGCCUCGACUACUUCACCUGGCAGGAAAACAUCCCCAAGGAGUUCCCUCGCAAUGUUAACCUCGACAACUGCCCCGGAGAUCCUGUCGAGUGUCUCUUCAACGGCCUCCCUCCGAUCUUGAUCGACGACUCUGGUGUUUCCUCCGUUGGCCGCGACAGCGAUAUGUCUGCCAUGGAGUACGACCGCAGAUUUGCUCAUGCCGUUUGGCCGUUUGCCAACUCGGACCUCAGAAACCUCUUGCACACUUCUGAUCCCAUGAUCCUGCCUCUUUGGCAGGUUGCCCGCUCUGCCUUUUCCGUCUAUGAGCAGAACAACAACACCAUUCGCAACGCCUUCAUGCAGGGCCUGGCGCAGCUGCGCGACCAGACUCCGCAGGUUGGCAAAACCAACCAGGACGCCGCUGGCAACGCACCCAUCAGCAACAAGGUCAAGUGGAUCGCCUACUGUGCCUGGAUCGCUGCCGGCCGUGCCGACCACGUCGCCCCGAUCCCGGACCGUCGUUUCGCCAAGAACUCCAUGGACAUUGAACUAACCUCUCACCGCGGCGUUUGUGCCUUUUGCGGUGCCAAGCCCUUUGAAGAGCAGCCCGUCCGCGGGCCUGCCCCGCGGAUCGUCAAGUGCAGCGGCUGCUACGUCGACGAGCUGCCCAACAUAACCCAGCAGUAUUGCGACUGUACCUGCUCCAAGAAGGACUGGAAGGACAACCACUACUACGCGUGCCGUCAGCGCUGUGGCUUUCUCCGGAGCGCCUUCCUCCUCCGCAACAUGGCUGACAUGUUCAUGAAGGCCUCGUACAGCGGCAUCUCCUCGGUGCACAUUCGAGACUAUCCCGAUUUUGAGAGCACCGCCCUGAAGCCCGGCGGCCCCCUCGACAGCACUGGCCCGACUCGUAUCAGCGCGCCCGACGCUUGUUGCGAGGAGGUCUGGACCGGCGGAAGUGUUUUUCCCCAGAAGUACCUCGACGCAAUCGACGAAAGUCCUGCCUGGGCUGCCCGUCUUGCGCAGGACGCGGGCGAUGACUACCUCAGACAUCUCCACGGCAUCAUCAUUGACACUCUCCACGGUACGCUGUUCGUCCUCUGUGUCCAAGUCGACUCCAGGCUAACACACGCAGCGCACUGCUCCCAGGUCGUCGAGAUGUACGUCUACGCCCGCAACGCCGGCACCGUGCUCCACCUUGGAACCGACUACCACAAGGAGAACGGCAACAUCCAAGCCGCCAAGGGCAAGAACCCCAUGUUCUGGCCUCACCCGGUCCUCUUCUGCAAGCUGAAGCCCACGGGCUACAACGACAAGGGCAAAGAGUGGAUCAUCGACCUCCACUGCGCCAAGUAUGGCUGGAAGGAGUACGUCCUCCCCUUUGACGCCUACUUCCGGACCCGCGUCGCCUCGAGCUUCAUCGCCCGAGCCUUCAAGGAGGCGCCCGAGCACUGGUGCCCCUGGGAGGAGAAGGGCCGCCGCCGCGCCCGCUACAACCUCGGCCACUACAUCCACAACGCCAUUAUCAAGUUCAUGCACGACACGGCCAAGCUCAAGGUCCCUUUUGAGAUGACCCGCGUCAAAGACGUCAGUGAGUGGAAGAAGCUGAGCAAGGCCUUCCUCGACGUCUUUGAAAAGGCUGCCUUGGAGGGCGCCCAGAAGAUCCGUCAGUCGGCCACCCAUCGUCAGUUUCUCUACUACCAGCACAACAGCUACGGCCCCGAGUACGGCGUCGGCGUCACCAACAACAAGGUCGAGGUCUCGUUUUUCAACCCCAUCUGGCUCACUCCCGAGCAGUGGGCCGAAGACUUUUCCGAACUCGAGAUGAUUCUUUUUGCAGACCAGUCCCCCGGCGCCCUCACCCGCUAUGGCGUCUGCCGCUGGAUCAAGCGUGUCAAGGCCCGUGCCGAGCAUCACGACAAGAUGUGCCUCGCCAAGCCUGACGUCAAGCCGUUUGAUUACGAGGACCUCAUCGGCAACAUGACAAAGUACUUUGACAUUGGCGAGGGCAUGACCCUCGAGCAUACCCGUGCCAUUGUCGAGACGCACCUCAUCAGAGACGGCACCGUGCCCGAGGCCGAUUUGAGGAAGAUUGUCGAUGAAGAGAUCAGAAAAGGGGCUCUCCACAACAGCGACGCCGCAGACAUGCUUCGAGCCGGCCCUAGCGCCAAGACAACCGGUUCCACCAGAAAGACUCGUUCUGCCAAAAUUCAGGCUGCUGGAGACGCCAAGGAGGACAGCCUUGAUGGAGAGAGCAUCGACAGUGCCGAGGCGGACCGACGGGCCAAGAAGAACAAGAAGAAGAGAGAAAAGAAGAAGGCAAAGAAAGCCGCUGCCAAGGAUGAGACAGCGGCCAACGAGUAA